AUGUUGGUGCAAUCUCUUCGGGAAAGAGACACUAUGGGCAAAUCAGUGGAGUGGAUCUGGGAUAUGGCUCGAGCGGCUGCUGAAGGUUUAGAGACCGACGAGACUGAGUUCGCUGCAAAUGACAAUGGAGAACGGGCUGAAUCAAGACAUGUGGACAACAUCGUAGAUACUCCUGAUAACGUCAACCUUCAGCAAGACUACGAUGAUUUGAAGGCGCAACUGCAGGCGCAAAAGGACUUAUGCGAGGCGGAUCGAAAGGCCGCGAAUCUGGAACUAAAGGCUGUGAAGGCUAAGUAUGAUAAAGUGAAGGGACACGUCAAUGAUAUUCUUGGCACCUUUACAGCCAGGGAAUUCAUGGGGCCGGUUGGCAUUGGCAAGUGGCGUUGA